AGAUAACCGCGUUGUUUAUGUCUCCAUGGCAACGCGCCCAACAGGCCCCGGUGCAAACCGAAGCCUUCGUUCAGUGUUGUGUAUACGGGGUCAGCUAUGGAAGAGGAAAUAGAGAUGGAGAAAGAGAAGGCUCCCCCUGUUGUUGGCGACGAGGGCACGUUCGAGUCGCUGGAGAGGGACUUCCAGGAGGUGCUGAGCGAGCUGACAGGCGACAAGAGCCUGGAAAAGUUCCGCGAUGAGUACGAGAAGCUGCACCGCGCCCUAAAGAAGUCCCACGACAACGAGAAGCGCCUAAUGACCAAGUGCCGUGAACUGAACGCCGAGAUUGUCGCCAACUCUGCCAAGGUGUCCACCGCCCUCAAGCUUUCGCAGGAGGAUCAGGCCAGCAUCGCUUCCCUCAAGAAGGAAAUUGAGAAAGCUUGGAAGAUGGUGGACGCAGCCCAUGAGAAGGAGCAGAGGGCCAAAGAGACCAUCCAGACCCUCAAGCAAGAGAUCACAAACCUGGCCAAGAUGGUCGAGCAAGGAGCCGGCAUUUCUCAAGGACAGGAAUACAACUUAAACGAUCUGCUAAAAGCCAAAGAGGAUUUGACGAAGGAGAGGGAUGGGCUGCUGUCUGAUGUGGUGAGGCUCCGUGAGGAUCUUGCACAGGCAACCACCCAGCAGCAGAAGAUGGAGCAGGAUAUGACUGAGGUUGAACAAACCAUUUCCGAGCUUCAGCAAGACAUCCAGAUGCGACAGAAUGACAUAAUGCGGGAGACUCGUCGCAAGGAGAAGCUGGAGCGGGAGGUUAAGCAGAUGCAGAUGGAUAUAGACAACAAGCAUGCUGAGAACAAGAAUCUGCAGGGCCAUCUGCAGCGCAGCAAGGAUGAGCUACAGAGGCAGGAGCAGCAGCUUAAAGACCAGAACAUACAAAAUGAGCGAACAAUCAAGGAAAGUGAAAGCCUGAAGGCCAGAUCCAUGAAGCUGCAGCAAGAGUACGACCAGAAGGUCAUGUUGGUAGAUCAGCUGGCACAAGAGAACCAGCAGAGUUCUGCUGAACUAAAAGCUCGGGAGGAUGAAGUGUUCCAGAUGAAGCAUGAGAUCACUCGGCUCACCAAGAUGCGAGAGAUGACACAAAAGAAGCUGCGUCAGGUUGAGGACCAAAAGACGGAGGUGGAGCAACAGAGAGAGAUUUUGAAAAACCAGAUUUCUAGAAUGGAGAAAGAGGCCGAGGCUUCAAAAAAACAGAUCGAAGCUGACAAGAAGGUUAUUGAUGAACUACAGCGAGAGAAAGAGUUAUUGAAUAAGAACAUCGGCAAAGCGGCAGGCGAGACGCAAAAGCAGGUGCACAUGGUGCGCCUGCACGAGCAGUCCAAGCGCAACCUGGAGCAGGAGAUCCAUAAUUACAAGGACGAGGCCCAGAAGCAGCGCAAGAUCAUCUUCCAGCUGGAGAAAGAGCGCGACCGCUACAUCAACGAGGCCAGCGACCUCACGCAAAAGGUUCUACUGCACAUGGAGGAUGUGAAGGUGCGCGAGAUGCAGAUCUUUGACUACAAGAAGAAGAUAGCAGAAGCCGAGACGAAACUCAAGCAGCAGCAAAACCUGUAUGAGGCCGUGCGCUCUGACCGCAACCUCUACAGCAAGAACCUCAUCGAGGCACAGGAUGAAAUAACGGAGACAAAACGGAAACUGAAGAUAAUGAACCACCAGAUUGACCAACUCAAGGAAGAGAUCACGGCCAAAGAGGCGACGCUGGUCAAAGAGCACAUGGAGAACCAGCGAGUGGAGAAGGAGCGAGAAGCCCUCAAGGUGGAACUGCAGCGGAUGAAACAGCAAGCAGCGGAAACAAAGGCCUUCAUCGACUCGCAGGAGGUGGAAGAGCGGAAGCUGCUGCGAAUCAUAUCUGAGGCGGACCAGGACCGUCUCCGGCAGAAGAAGGAGCUCGAUCAGGUCCUGACGGAGCGCGACGUGCUGGGCACGCAGCUGGUGCGGCGCAACGAUGAGCUGGCUCUGCUGUAUGAGAAGAUCAAGAUCCAGCAGUCGACGCUCAACAAGGGCGAGGUGCAGUACCGCCAGCGCCUAGAGGACAUCCGCCUGCUCAAGCUGGAGAUCCGCAAGCUGCGUCGCGAGAAGAACAUCCUCACCCGCAGCACGGCCAACGUCGAGGACCUCCGGCGAGAGGUGUACCACAUGCAGCGUGAUCUUUUGAGGGAGAGGACGCGCUGCAAGGCUCUGGAGGAGGAGCUAGAGAACCCCAUGAACAUCCAUCGGUGGAGGAAGUUGGAGGGAAGUGAUCCCAGCACAUACGAGCUGAUCCAGAAGAUCCACAUGCUGCAAAAGAGACUCAUCACAAAGACAGAGGAGGUGGUCGAGAGGGAGCUGCUCAUUCAGGAAAAAGAGAAGCUGUACGUGGAGCUCAAACACAUCCUGGCUCGCCAACCCGGCCCGGAGGUUGCCGAACAGCUCCAGAUUUACCAACAGACACUUCGUGAGAAAACCAAGCAGAUGAAAAGCCUGGCCUCGGAGCUCAACAUGUACGAGUCACAAUGCCAGGAGAACAAAUAUGAGAUGGAGAGGCUGUCCCGUGAGCUGCAGAACGUCAAGAAAAAAUACCUUAUACAGAAACGCAAGGAGCAGCAGACGAAGCAGCGGGAUCGUGAAAUUGCGCUGGCCGAGUCCGGAGCGUCUCUCAUCCAGCCGCAGCGCACUGACAUGCCCCGAUUCACAGGAGGGGGCUUCAGUAUGUCCGCGAAAGCGUCCGUCUGAUACACCACAGCCACGUACAUGUACGCGGGUCGGUUUUGUCAAUCCAUUGCUGGACGAUGGCCUCCCGAUGCCCCGCGGGUUGUGAGAGAUAUUUGAUCCUACUUCGCCACACCGGUCAUUCUGGGUUGGGCGAAGGUGGGGGAAGUGCAGAACAACAACAGGCGGAAAUGUAGCAAUGUUUUAUUAGCCGGUGUAUUUUAUGAUUUCUUGUGGAUGCGCUUUGUUUUUGAAUUUCAUAGAUGUGAACAAGCAGAGCCAAUGGCAGUAAUUGGAAUACCUAUUCAGUCGUGUGCAGUCGUCCUCCGUUCUGUGUAACCACAGACUUUUGUGCAGUCUGGCGUUAUUUCUAGAGUGUGCCAGCUUGCACUUGUACAACUCCGUCAUUUCUAGGGUGUACCAGCUUGCACUUGUACAACUACAGUAAAACACUUUUAUAACGGGGCAUUUCGCAUUUUCACUUUUAAUCAACAGGGUUUGUAAUAUUACAGUAUUUCACACCACUACACCACCUCGACUAUAUAUUGCAAUAUGUACUGAAGGUUAAUGGAAUAGCAUAUAUUUAAUUUCAAUUCUGAUUAGAAUAAGAAAAGAUAAUUUACAAUAAAAAAACAAUGAUACAUUAUCUUCCAAAAAUGUAAUCCAGUGUUCGUUAUUGCAGACACGUUAACUAGGAAUGCAUUUUUGAUACUCAAUUCAAAAUCAUUUUGGGUGGAGAGCAACAAUAAACAAUUGUGGAAUGAUUGCA